AGGGCUACUUGGCUCAAAAAGUGCCGCUUUGUGUCGGGCAGCACGGCUGUGAGGGCAAGACCGUCCGCCGCCUGUCAUGGCAAGGGCUGCUGUGGGAGAUGUGAUCCAGGAUCUGCUGGAUGAGUUUUCUGAGGCUCAGAAGAGCUACCAGAACAUUCAGGAUAGGAAGGAGGACAUGGAUAUCUUGACAGGCCUUCACACGUCGCCGGAGGGUGAUCCUUGCAGCCUUGGGGACUUGACGGCGGAGAAGCCAAUUCAGGUGACGCACAACAUCUUCGCGCUGAGGACCACCAUAGACGACUGUGAAGCCAAAGGCCGUGAACAAGUCGAGAGAGUGCUUUAUGAGUUGGAUGCGGAGGUCAUGAAGGGCAAGUCUAUCGACAGCUUUGAGAGACAGAAACAGUUUGAGGACCACCGGAAUCAGCAGCUGGACGAAAUUCUCGAAGAGAAGCACGUAUUGCAGUUCAUCCAAGAUGGUGCUGAGAGGUCACGGGUCUUGCUGGACUACGCGGACCUCACCGAGGAGAAGCUCGAUCUGAUGACUGAGGAGCAGAAGGAUGUGCAUUACUCGAAGGUCAGGGCCGACAGGAUCCAACAGCGCUAUGCAGUUGGUAUCAAAGUGGCGGAGAAACUCCAGAUGGAUUUGCCUAUGGAGCAUCGAAAUAUCGACGAGAAAAGCCAGUCCUUGGCCGACUUGGAUCAGAACGCAGCAACUGCCCAAGAGGCCCGGUACAGUGCCAACUCGGAGGUGAUGCGAGUGCGAAAGCAAUUGCAGAUGGAGAUAGAGAAAGGGAAGAAAUGCGAUGCCAAGCGAGGUGAAGCCUUCAUGAAGCACAAAGCGGCCAUGGAGAAGUUUCUUAAGCUCAAGGAGGAGAUGAGCACUGCCUUGAUCAUGGUCUUGGACACAGCCAUCGAGUGCGAGGCCCAUGACCAGCAUGAGAUGAGGCUUGCCGAGAGCGCUGCCUCGGCUCAAGCCGAGUUGGAGAAUGCCACCAAGGCAUGUGAUGAGGCCAACAAAGCAUACGAUAAGUUGGAGGAACAGGUGACCCAAGGCAGGGACGAAAUCAGGAGACGUGUUGAGGAGAAGCAGAAGGACUUACUGUCCCACUCUACGCCCUAUGUCAAGGAGUACAUGAAGAACAUCGCCCUGAGCUUGGAGUUGUUUGAUCGGAUUGAGAAAGAGAAGAAGAAGGAGGUGAAGUAUCUCCAGAAGGAGCGUGACACUGCUGCAGCGGCGGCUUCUGCAUUAAGCAGCAUCCAGCGGGGCAAGAAAGCUCAACUGGAACUGGCAUGCAAGAAUGAAGAGGUGGCCAAGUGCCGGGACCUCAUCGAGUGUCGAAGACAGGAGUUGGAGGAGCUGAAGGAAAAGCGUGGCCUCGCACGUGAGCAUUAUGAGUUUUGCCUCCACUUGCAGCUGCACAACCCGCGGUUGGAACAAGAAGAGGCAACUCGCUUUGCCCAGGCAGAGGCCGAGCGCUGUUUGGGUCGCUUCACUCUUUGGGUCCAGGACCCCACGCUCGAGUCGCUUGAGGCGGAGAUGUCCCCGAAGUCUCCUAAGGAGAAUUGCGCAGCACACCAUCGUGGUUUGCGGCAGGCCUAUCCACAACUGGGUGGCCAACGUCUCGGUUCUCCUUUCCUCUCCUUCGGCCAGCUGAGCCGGUCACCACGCAGUGAGGCGAGCUCCGCCUACUCUGAGAGGACUGAGAGGACUGCGCCAUCUGAGGCGGACGAUGACUCUCCAGAUUUGGACACCUCAGCGACAUUGGAGGCACCAGGGCCAGGAGGACUCCCCGGUCGCCCUGACAAUCCUUCACUGAUGAGAAAGGCGCCCAAAGAAGGUGCUGCUUCCUCGCUGACUGCCUCGCUGGGUGCCUCCAGGGCUCCCAAGCUUCCGGCCCCUUGGACAUCCAGGCUCAGCACGCCAUUGCAGGGUCGAAGCGCAGCGCCGGCAAGCAAGAAGCCAGAGUGCCAGGUGUCUGUUGAAGUUAAUGAAAGCUGGUAGCAAUCACCAGUAAUGGGUGCAACCGUUGGAAUCCUGCUGGCCAAGCCAGCGAGUUCACCAUCAUGCGUAGGCAUUGAGCGUUGGCAACUUUACAAGGCUAAAUGCCAACACAUGAUCGAAGGUUGUGUAAAGCACAGCUUGGCCAUGGAGCAGCGAGCCCUAAUCUGUCAA